UACAAAUUUCCAAGGGAUAAUCUUUAAAAAAAAAAAGAAGAAAAUUGUUGAUUUUUUUCCCACCACCCAAAAUCUCACCCAGAAAACCCAUACUCAAAACAAGAGACCGAGAAUGAAGGUGUGUAGUGUGUCCCUUUGUGGAUAGAGAAAUACUCAAGAAGAAAGAAAAUGGCGUUGGCAAUGGCUCUCCGGCGGCUUUCCUCCACCGUUGAUAAACCCGCAAAGCGUUUCUAUAAUGGCGGCUCUCUUUAUUACAUGUCAUCUUUGCCAAAUGAAGCAGUGUAUGAGAAGGAAAAAAAUGGUGUCUCGUGGCCAAAGCAACUGAAUGCUCCACUUGAAGUUGUUGAUCCUGAGAUUGCUAACAUUAUUGAGCUGGAGAAAGCCCGACAAUGGAAGGGACUGGAACUUAUUCCUUCGGAGAAUUUUACUUCGGUCUCUGUGAUGCAAGCAGUUGGUUCAAUUAUGACUAAUAAAUACAGUGAAGGAUACCCUGGUGCAAGAUACUAUGGAGGAAAUGAGUACAUUGACAUGGCGGAGUCUUUAUGCCAAAAACGUGCUUUGGAAGCAUUUCGAUUGGAUCCUGCAAAGUGGGGAGUGAAUGUGCAGCCUCUAUCAGGAUCCCCGGCAAAUUUUCAAGUUUACACUGCAUUACUUAAACCACACGAGAGAAUAAUGGCACUCGAUCUUCCUCAUGGUGGGCAUCUUUCACAUGGAUAUCAGACUGACACAAAGAAGAUAUCGGCAGUCUCUAUAUUCUUUGAGACUAUGCCUUAUAGAUUGAAUGAAAGUACUGGCUACAUCGACUAUGAUCAGAUGGAGAAUAGUGCCACACUCUUUAGGCCGAAGCUAAUAGUUGCCGGUGCCAGUGCUUACUCACGUCUCUAUGACUAUGCACGCAUUCGGAAGGUUUGUGACAAGCAGAAGGCAAUUAUGUUAGCUGAUAUGGCACAUAUUAGUGGAUUAGUGGCGGCUGAUGUUAUCCCAUCGCCUUUUGAGUAUGCCGAUGUUGUUACGACAACGACCCACAAGUCACUUCGUGGGCCUCGUGGUGCCAUGAUUUUUUUCAGGAAGGGCAUAAAAGAGAUCAAUAAACAAGGAAAAGAGGUAUUGUACGACUAUGAAGAAAAAAUCAAUCAAGCUGUCUUUCCUGGACUUCAAGGCGGCCCUCACAAUCACACUAUUACCGGCUUAGCAGUGGCGCUGAAACAGGCUACGACUCCAGAAUACAAAGCUUACCAAGAGCAAGUCAUGAGUAACUGCUCAAAAUUUGCCCAGACUUUGGUCAAGAAGGGCUAUGAUCUCGUCUCAGGUGGAACCGAGAACCACUUAGUUCUAGUCAAUUUGAAAAACAAGGGUAUUGAUGGUUCCAGGGUUGAGAAGGUGUUGGAGUCUGUCCACAUUGCAGCCAACAAGAAUACCGUUCCUGGAGAUGUAUCCGCAAUGGUUCCUGGUGGCAUCCGAAUGGGAACCCCGGCUCUUACUUCUCGGGGAUUUGUAGAAGAGGAUUUUGUUAAAGUUGCCGAGUUUUUCGAUGCUUCUGUGAAGUUGGCACUGAAAAUUAAGGCUAACACUCAAGGGACAAAGUUGAAGGACUUUGUGACUGCAAUGCAGUCGAGCACCUCUGAGAUUGAAAAACUUCGCCAAGAUGUGGAGGAGUAUGCGAAGCAAUUCCCAACAAUUGGAUUUGAGAAAGAAACCAUGAAGUACAAGAACUGAUCAGGUGCAAAUAGGGGACCAGAAGCAAAAAAUUCUUUAUUUGGUCAGGAAACGAGCACUAUUUCAAGACCAAGUGAUCUUCAGAAUCACAAGGGUGAAUGGAAAUGAAAUUAAGCUUAUGGAUAAAAUCUAGCAGCAUUUUAUUUCCUAUUUGGACUGGCGUAUAUGUACAUUGACAAGUGAUAUUUGAAGCAAAAAACUCAAAUUAAAUUAUAAGCAAUAAGUGAUUAUCUUGUUUGAUCAAA